UUGUCUUCUGCUGUCACUUCAUUUACCGUGUUUCUUAUGGACAACUUAUGGUGUUUAGUGAUUAAGAGUUUUAUUUUUGUUAGUUUGUUUUAUUUUUAUGUAAAAAUUUUAUAAAACCCACAUUUGUUUUCUAAUUGUGUAAAUGAAAAUAGAAAUAAAAUAAUCAGCGAAUAGGCGAAAUGAAAACAUGCGAUGGGAGCGCGGAAUGUUGCAAUCAACUAGAAGCAGAGGCGAUUCACUCCAACGAACAGUUAUUAGCAUUUGAACUGCGAAGUAAAGAUAUACAAUGGGAGCAAUAUGUAACACUAUUAGCGCCUCGCGCUGCACCUAUAUAUCUGCAAAGACAGUUCCAAAUGCUGAGCAAUUAUAGAGAACCAAUUGGAAAUCACAAUAGGCGUGAAAUUCUAGUCUGCCACGAUAUGAUGGGUAACUACCUAGAAGAUCGUCAUUUCCACUCAUCAAAAAAGUAUGAUGACUAUCGCUUCUACCACUGGGCCGGUAUUGACUAUUUUUGUUACUUUAGUCAUAAUUAUAUAACAAUACCACCAUGUGGAUGGAUAAAUGCCGCACACAAACACGGGGUAAGGGUUCUGGGCACAUUCAUUACCGAAAAGGCACAUGCGUCAUUAUUGAACGAAGUUUUGGAGUCAACAGAUAUGGUAGAUAAGAUUGUCGAAGCUAUGGUGAAACUAUGCAAACAUUAUUGUUUUGAAGGUUGGCUAAUUAAUGUUGAAAGCGUCGUUAAGCUAGAAAAUGUGAAAAACCUUUAUUACCUCGUAGAUCGCUUACGUAUAAGCAUCGAAAAAGAAGUGAAACGUGGUGUGGUGUUCUGGUAUGACAGCAUUAUAGAUACUGGCGAAUUGAAAUGGCAAAAUGAAGUUAAUGCUAAAAAUGUGCGAUUUUUUCGUAAUGCACAUGGUAUGCUCAUCAAUUACGCUUGGAGCGACAAAAGUCUCGAGGUGACGACAGAAAUUUGUGAGCGCGUACAAUCUCAAUGUCAACGCGCCUUUUUUGGCAUCGAUGUUUUUGGACGUGGUCAAGUUGGCAAAUUUCAGAGUAAACAAACUUUGGCGCGCAUUGUGAGUCAACGUUUCUCUACGGGUGUUUUUGCACCAGCUUGGACAUAUGAAACAUUACAAAUGUUUGGAUACAAUAUAAAACAACCACUGGGAGAUGAUGCCGUAAACGAUGCUUUUUUACGACGCAACGAAAAAUUUUGGUUUUCAUUAUGGGAAUAUUUAGCCACACAUCUCUACAAUGUGCUGCCGUUUUAUACGGAUUUUUGUUUGGGAUCGGGAAAGUGUACAUAUGUGCACGGACAUUCAAAGAGCAGCGUGAGCGGUAGUGGUGGGGGAGAUGGUGAACAAUUUUUUAAUUUAUCGCGUUGUUCGUUGCAACCUUCAGUGCCUCUAUAUUUACUCGCCGAACGCUACUAUUCAGAUGCUUUUAAUGGCGGGUCAUGUCUGCGAAUAUUACAGUACAAUAAUAGCUUUCGUAUCAUCGCUUCCGAUUUUAGAUUGCAAAGUGGAGGAUUAGUUUUUGCAUACGCUUUCAAACUUCAUCCAAAUGAUGGGGAUUUUGACUGCAUUUUGCGUUUCUGCACUAGAAAUAACGCACGCGAUUGCUAUCUAUUCAUGGGUGAAUACUUCAACACAACCAGCCUGCAAAAGGGGCGCUGUUAUGUGUCCCCAUUAAAGCCAAAAUACAAUGAUGAAUUAUCAAAAAAUACGCUAGAUACACCAAAAAUACCUAAAGAAUUUGCGAUUCCAGAAAAUGCGCCGAAUGGCUGGCGUGUGCGUUAUUAUGUAGUGGCGUUUGAUGGCGCGAUUCAAGUGAAGGAUAUCGGCGUGCUAUAUCGGCGAAGUGAAGAAGCGAAAGACACUGCCUACCUCGGCGCGGUUUACCUAAAUGAAUGCGAUGUGAAUACAAUUAAACUUCCACAAGAUAGCAACAUUGCAUUGAUACAAGUUUAUGGCGAAGAUUUUCUUAAUUAAGUUUUCAAGGUAAGACAGUCCAAAGUCAAUUGGUACGUAUGGCUUUUGGUUAGUUAGUAUUGUAUUUUUAUAUGUACAUUCAAACGAUUUUGUAAGCAAUUUUUAUACUGUUUUUACACUAAUACUAUUAAAGUUUAAACAAAUCAAAA